AUGUCGGUACAGAUUUUGGGAGACCAAGCCACUGAAGAGAGGGGCGAAAAUGCCCGGAUGUCGGCAUUUGUAGGUGCCAUUGCCGUAGGGGACCUUGUAAAGUCAACUUUGGGACCCAAAGGAAUGGAUAAACUUUUGCAAAGUUCAUCGGACAUGGACAAGUCUUUGAUCACCAACGAUGGAGCCACGAUUUUAAAGUCGAUUCCGUUCGAUAAUCCGGCAGCAAAGGUUCUCGUGAACAUUUCCAAGGUCCAGGAUGAUGUAGUGGGAGACGGAACCACUUCGGUGACUGUUUUGAGUGCUGAGCUUUUGAGAGAGGCAGAAAAAUUAAUUGAGAAAAAGAUUCAUCCACAAACUAUCAUCGAGGGUUACAGAAUAGCGUGUGCUAAGGCUUUGGAGGCGUUGGACAAAGUUUCUGUGAACAACGCUGAUGAUAAAGAAAAGUUUCGUAGCGAUUUGAUCAACAUCGCCAAGACUACUUUAUCUUCCAAGAUCUUGUCACAGGACAAGGACCAGUUUGCCGAGUUGGCUGUUAGUGCUGUUCUUCGUCUCAAGGGCUCCACGAACUUGGACCAUAUUCAAAUUAUCAAGCGUGUGGGUGGAAAGUUGUCAGAUUCAUUUCUCGAUGAAGGGUUCAUUUUAGAUAAGAGAUUUGGAAUCAGUCAACCCAGAAAACUUAAAGACGCCAAAAUCUUGAUUGCAAAUACAUCUAUGGAUACCGAUAAAGUCAAGGUGUUUGGAGCAAAGUUCAAGGUGGACUCUACAUCUAAAUUAGCCGAAUUGGAGAAGGCAGAAAAGGCUAAAAUGAAGAACAAGGUUGAAAAAAUCAAAAAGUUUGGAAUUAAUUGUUUUAUCAACCGUCAAUUAAUCUAUGACUAUCCCGAGCUGUUGUUCACGGAUAGCAAGAUUAACAGUAUCGAGCACGCUGAUUUUGAUGGUGUGGAAAGAUUAGCAUUGGUUACAGGUGCCGAAGUUGUAUCUACAUUCGACAAUCCGGAAAAGGUCAAAUUGGGACACUGUGAGUCGAUCGAGGAAAUCUUAAUAGGAGAAGACGUUAUGACGAAAUUUUCAGGUGUGGCAGCAGGAGAAGCAUGUACAAUUGUGUUGAGAGGAGCCACCGAACAAGUGUUGGAUGAAGCUGAAAGAUCGAUCCACGAUGCAUUAUCGGUCCUCUCACAAACCACCAGAGAAACGAAAACCUGUCUUGGAGGAGGCUCUGCCGAAAUGAACAUGUCUAAAGCCGUGGACCAAGCGGCUGCAAAUAUCACUGGCAAAAAGUCUUUAGCUGUGGAAUCAUUUGCCCAUGCAUUGAGGCAAUUACCGCUGAUUUUGGCCGACAAUGCUGGUUAUGAUUCAUCGGAGCUCGUUUCCAAGCUCCGGUCUGCCAUCUACAACGGAAUGUCGACAUCGGGCUUAGACUUGAAUCGGGGCGUUGUAGCCGAUAUGCGUGAGUUAGGAAUUGUUGAAAGUUACAAAUUGAAACAUGCUGUGGUGGCCUCAGCCACUGAGGCUGCGGAGGUAUUGUUAAGAGUGGACAAUAUUUUGCGUGCUAAGCCCAGAACCGCCGACAGGAACCACUAA